AUGCGUGAACGGGAUAUCCCUUACACAGCAGUGAGCACCCCCAGUUGUAUGCUGUGGGAGUGGCUAGUGAUGCUACAGGGUCCAAGUAACGCCCCUGAAACGUUCAACGAAUGUGUUACGAAUCUGUUGCGAUCGGUGCGCGACUUUGCACCGAGUCACUAUGACGAUGUAUUCGUCCAUAGCCGGGCGAUGGACAGAAAGACGGACGUGGAGGUUCAUAGAAUCCAAGUCCGGAAGGUUCUUACGCUAAUGCGAGAGCAAAAGUUUUUCGGGAACCUCAAGAAGUACAUACUCGCAGCGGACGAAAUACCACAUCUUGGCUGCAUCGUGGGCAAAAACGGCGUACUCCCUGAUUUGGAAAAGAUCAAGGUGAUUAGCGACUGGCCUGUGCCAGUCGACGUCAAGGGACUUCGAAAAUUCCUUGGCUUGGAGGCGUACUUGCACAAGUACUCGCGCAACUACGCCAAGGAUGACCGUACAUCUCUCUCGUUUGUUAAAGAAAGACGAGAGGUGGUCGUGGAGCGCUGA